UUCCAUAUUUUCAAUUUUGAGGGAUAUUUUUAGCUCUGCCAGUACUGCCAGUAACAGAAAGAGCAAGCGAAGCAAAAGCAGAGGCAAAAGGAAAAUCGAUGUCGCUUUAGAUCACCACAUUUCCUUCGUUUCGAAGCGCACUCAAUCAUGGAAUGGUAAAUUUGGGAUUUUUAGGUUACGAGUUGUUCAGGAACUGGGGUUUGGAUUUCUCUGGUUAUAAUUUAUCCAAUCAUGGGCAAAUCACCAGGGAGAUGGAUCAAGACCGUACUGUUUGGAAAGAAGUCUUCCAAAUCUCAUACAGCUAAAAGGAGAGAGAGAUCUGCAAAUGAGAGAGAAGUAUUGGUCUCUGCACAGGCAACAGAAGCUGAUUCUAUCUCUGUUCCUCCUGUAACCUCGCAUCCAACACCCGUUAUCACAGUUCUCUCAGACAGACAGUUAGAACUUGAGAGCCAGGUGACUGCAAACUUGCCACAUAAUGGGGGCACAUUGUUGCCAGGAAAUCAAGAGGCAGAUUUACAAGGGUCUACAACCCAAGUCUCAUUGUCUGAUGCUGAGAAAAUAAGGCAAGAGAAAGCUGCAACAUUGGUACAAGCUGCAUUUAGGGGCUACUUGGCUCGUCGGGCAUUUUGGGCCCUUAAAGGCAUAAUAAGGCUCCAGGCUCUUAUCCGUGGGCACUUGGUCAGGAGACAAGCUGUUGCCACUUUGUGCUGUGUGCUGGGAAUCGUCAAGCUGCAGGCACUUGCUCGAGGAAUAAAAGUUAGGAAUUCAUAUGGCGGGCGGCAUGCUCUUAAAAAAUUCAGCAUGGAGGGCAAGCAUGGGGAUCUUAAUGGAGCUAAUAUUUCUAUCCAAAGAGCAAGGCUAUCGGCAAAUGCUUUUGUUCACAAGCUUGUGGCUUCAUCACCUACUGUGAUGCCUUUACGCCUUUAUUAUGACCCUGCCGAACCAAAUUCGGUUUCAAACUGGUUAGAACGUUGGUCUGCGUCCAACUUUUGGAAACCAAUUCCCCAACCAAAGAAAAUUUCUUACCCUAAAACUCAGAGAAAGCAGGUUAAUGGUCAUAUGCCAGAAGCUGAAACUGGUAGGCCAAAGCACAGUGUUCGGAGGGUCCCUGCUGCAAAUGCUGACAAUACUUCUGUGCAAGUAACCUCUGAAUUUGAGAAACCCAAGCGCAACCGUAGGAGACCUUCAAGCCUUCCUACUGAUACAGUGCAGGAAAAUCCACAAAAUGAGCUUGAAAAGGUAAAACGUAGUCUGAGAAAGGUCCAUAAUCCAAUAAUUGAAAGCUCUGUUCAGGCAGAGGUAGAAAUUGAGAAGCCAAAACAAAGUUUGGAAAAGGUAUCAGGCACUUCUGGUGAUAACCUUUUGGUACAGAAUAUGAAUAAUUCGGGGGAGAAGACGAAGAAAGAAACAUAUUUGGCUAUGCCCAAAGUACCUGAUGUGGUGACGAAUGAACCAACCUUGAUAGCCCCCAAAUUGCCCGAUGUAGAAACAACAGCAGAACCGCUAGGAGUAAAGGAAGCAUCAGAAUUACACGCGGAUCAAACCAUGGUUGAAUCAAAGCCUUCAGUAGAGAAUGUUGGUAAAGAUGAAAAUUCUCCUGUUACGAAUGGGGAGUUGAGCUAUAAGGAAGAUCCAACAAUCAAUGAAAAUCAUAAAGCUAGCAGGAAAGCCUCUAGUCUGGCAAAGCAAGAACGUGCAGAAAAUGGAUUACAGAGUAGUCCAGCACUCCCAAGCUAUAUGGCAGUUACUGAAUCUGCAAAAGCAAAGCUGAGAGCACAAGGUUCCCCAAGGUUUAGCCAAGAUGGAGCUGAGAAAAAUAAUCUUGCUCGGCGUCAUUCGCUUCCAUCUUCAACAAAUAGCAAAAUCAACUCACAAUCGCCAAGGACACGGACUGUUAAUUCUGGUGGGAAAGUGGGGAAUAAAAGUGACAGACCUGUGUUAUCAUCAAGAGAAGGAAAUGCAAAGGCAACCCAUAUUGAGUGGAAGAGGUGAUUUUUUUUUUUUGGUGCCUUGAGAUUCAAGAGGUUAGCACAAUGGGCGGCUUUCUGAUUUCAUACGUAGUUGUUGUCUGUGAUGUAAGAUUAUGUUGUGAAACUAGAAACUUUAUCUAUAGUUGGAAAGCUUGUCGAUCCCAGACUCUUUAUGUUAGAUAUUGCUGCAGUGGCUGUGUGAGUGAAUAUACAUCAUAGGUUUUGAGUUAUUCGUUGUGCUACAAUCAUACAUUUAUUCUAAACUGUGGUUUGUUUCGACGGUGGGUCUUUAGAUGUCAAUUGUGUAAUUUUCUUUUCUUCUCCUUUUUCAUCUUGGUAGGCGGCAGUUCGUUAUGUAAUUAAACUUAUUUCUAAUUACCAUGGAUCUGAACACUGAAUGUAUUCUCGUUUAUAUUGCUCAGUAUCUAUGCGUUUAUCA